UGAAUAAAAGCACCGCAUUACAAACCAAUAAACUGAACAAAAAUAUUUUUUAACAAAAACACACGGACUUGAAUUUUAAGCUGUUUUUUUCGUUUAGAGAAAAACGAAAAACAAAAAACCUCUGCUUUUAAUUUUUAAUCGAAGCUCAUCCGUGGACGGGUCGCGGGGCAGCAGUCGUAGCAGAGAGCUCCCGACUGCCGCUCGAAUGAAACACGAGAUCGAAUGAAAUGUGAUGUGUUUCGUACUCAGAUGACUUGGAUCUGAGUUCGACCAAGCUUUUGCUUGUCUCAUGUUUGCUCACAGUCGCAAAGGAAAUCUACACACCCCUCCCCCCUCCUUUGUAGAGGCGCAUAGACAUGCUAAUGUGUUGCUACUACUCGAUCAGCAGGUGAGAAAUACCUCAGCUCCAGACAAAGCUCCGUGGGAGACAGGGCAGCAUCGGGCGGCGUGAUCAGCUGCAGGUCUAAGACUCAUUUAUGCAGCAAGUAGUUUGUUCUACAUACGUUUACUCUGCAAAAAUAAACGUAUGUAUUUAUCGUAGCUUUCUGAUCUAAGUUAUUUGUAGCACUUCGACAUUCGUUUAAAAUAUGCAGUGCUUUUUAAAAUGAAAAUACUAAUAUUAUUAUUUAUUACCUUUAUUGUAAACACAGUAUUAAUUGCACAAUUUGGACUGGAGAAGAUUUGCGCUUCUUUCAUAAUAAUCAUGGAUAAUCAAGGAAGAAACUGCAGUUCAUAUUUGUUAUUCAGGGACGGUUUAAUAAAGAUUCAGUAUGGUUUUUGACUGAACUGUCAGCCAAGGUACGUGCAUUAUCAAAUGAAUGCGCCUGUCAGCGGGGAAGACAUCAACUCUAUUCAGUCGCUCUUCAGUCGCUGCUGCCGUCUCCUCCCCAGUUCACACACCUUAACACUAGGACUACUGCGUUUUCUAAAUAUACCAGUUCCUACUACAAGGUGUUCCUACGAAGUUAACCAGCUGUUUAUUUCGUUAUUACUCCUUUCACCUGUACCACAUAAAGUCAUUGCAGAGCUACAGCCAUGUUCCCACGAAGUUAACCAGCUGUUUAUUUCGUUAUUCCCUCUUUCAUGUCCGUCUGUUGAAUGAAAGUGGGCGUGGCCAUCCACGUCCCAGAGCGGUGACACUGGGGGAUGGGAAACGCUCAUCAACACGCAGGACAAAGAUCUGCGUUUCUCUGCUGCUACAGCCUCGGCUGCGUUGUGUUGUUAGUCUCCCUUUCACCUGUACCAUAUGAAAUGUGUUCCUACGAAGUUGAUCAGCUGCUUUCAGAAUUCCCCAUGCAGGUUUGAACAGGGCAAACAUUAUUUUUAUUUACAAAAAAAAAUUAAUACGUUUACAGAUUGACCGGUGAUGCCGCACAGGUUGCUCUCAGUUACAGCAGCUGUUUGAAGCAGGGAAAAGCGAGUUAGCUGUCCUUGUCGAUGCCUUGACAAUGUUUUAGCAUCGGUUAGAUCUCUGAGCCCCGACUUUUAUGUCUUCUUUGGAUUAAAAAACAAAUGUUGAAUGUUCUCAAAUAAUAUAAUAUUGCCGCCCUCCGCGGCUCCCAGUGUUUGUUUUUUUCAUUUAAAACGUGGGUGUUACCGGUGGCAGACCUCUGGUCUAGAUCAUCCUUAUUCACUUUUUUAAAUUGUAGUAGUGUAACCUUAGUUAGUAUUCCUUUUUAUUUUUUUAAUUUUAUGUUUGGGAAACGUGACAUUUCAGCUACUGUGAUUUUAUUUGUCAUCAACAUUAGUUCCUACCUGUCCUUGUUGACGGGGGACAGGAAAAAGGUGACGCGCGUUGGAUAAGCGCGGCGUAAAGAAAAAAGUGUACAUGUGCCGUACUGUCUUGCCGUGUGGUGCAUUAAAGAAGCAUUCCACGUAAAGAAAAUUGCCCGUACCAACAGCAAGAAAUCAGGGUUACAGUAGCUUGUCUGCCAUAAAUCGAACGCUGCACGCGGGAGGGCGCACCGUUCAGCUUCUUAUUUUCGGUUUUAAACUGCCAUAAUUUGCCAUAAUUUACUUACGUUCAUAACUUCAUACUAUAACGCGACCAGCGGUUCAUGGUCUUGGCGAUUCAUGCACUAAGUAAUACAACGUUGUCAUCUCGUGAUCACAUGAUGAUGAUAAGACGCUGUUUUUCCAAUAAUUAAAAUAAAAAAACUGCUUCCACUCAGACUCGAACCCCGGACAAAAAAAAAACGUUGUGGCCAUGCACGUUAACCACUAGGCCACCCAAGACCUGAUCAUUGGUUGUUCUACAAGAGGCUAUAUGACGUAAGCAACUACGAUGUUUCAGGACCAAAAGUGGGAGUCAAUCGCCACCUACAGGCCAGAAGGACGUAACACACUCCUCCCGCAGUACAAACCCGGCACUGACGCGGCAGAUUUGAAACCCAAACACGGUGGGGGUAGACACUUUUACCGGCUGCCUCUAUAGGAUGGAGCCAGAGUCCGGGUGUAAAAGACAAGAGGUUAAGUGGUAGCACUAUAGAUUUGGUCCAGUUGAUAGAGUAUUCUGAAAGUUCUGAGAAUUCAUCUAUGAGGCUUAUAGUUGUAGGAAGAGACGUCUGUGGCUCCAGGAGAAACAGUAAUACAUCAUACAUGUUCAGUUCAGUAUUGCACCUAACCAGCACAUGAUGAGUGUGUUGGAUAAGAAACAGCACUAAGGUAAAAUUUUUCCAUUACAUUCCCCCCUUUUGAUUACACAUUAAUCAAACACUAAAAUAAUAAAAUUUUUCAAACAUUGCAUUUUGUAGUAACAACCCUUACAAAUGAAACAGUAAGUGUAUUAAGUCAAAAUUCAAAAAUACACCUUCACAUAAAAUGCAAGUAACUUAGGGACAAAAGGUUGGGAGCUGUUUUGGUGGGUAGUUAUACAAGAAUGACCUCUGUAUGAGCAUGUGAAGAAAAUAAGCCCAUAAUCAUAUUUGUAUCAGAUUAUAUUUUGUGAUCAGAUAGCCUAAGACCAUCGUCAAAGUCAUUAAGUGAAUUAGAGGUGGGGUUUUUGAACAUACUGUAGUGCAUUGUGUCAUUUGAUACGAAAGUGUUGCUGAGGUCGCACGCAUGAUGAGACCUCUAACCAGUGGGAUAACUUUAAGAUCUUUAAUUAUAGAUUUGGGUCUAGAAUGAAUAGGAGAAUCAGGGAUUUAACAGAAUGAUGGUGCGUUUUGUCUCAUAACCUCUGUCAUCUGUGUGUUGAAGUAUUGACAGUUUUUACGUGCACGGUUUAGGCAGGUUUCAAAUUGCUUUAACUUUGUUGGGUGAGAUGGAUUUGCCAUCAGCUGUAAUUACAAUGACCCAGAAAAUAACCUUUGUCUGAACUAACUGUAAUUUAGACAGGCUCUCUUUGUGGCCUGUAGCAUCCAAUGUUUCAGUAGCUUAGUGGUGUCUGCAGUAACACCAUCUAUGGCUCCUUUAAGAGGGUGUUGUUGUUUACAUGGUUUGUGGUCAGAUUUAGGUGUGAUGACCACUGGUUCACAUCCUCUGAUCGAACCUACAUCAUGUUUGUGUGUGAGCCACAGGGAAGCAGGGCUUCCUUUAAGGCUGAGUGUUGGGUCAGAGUGUCCUCUGAAAAAUGAAAAUAAAAACAAAAGCAUGUAGUGUGUCAUUAGAAUGUGGGGGAACCAAGUUCACUGUUUGCUGCACAUAACGGGCAGAAUAAAAAGAAGUUUUCUAAAAGUAUGCAAAGUAGGUGAAUACGUCACAUGGGGUCAGAAGUCAUUCACCAGUCUCCACCCCGUUGACAUCUGUUCACGAAAGGACCCACGUCCUGUCAUCUGUCUCCAUCAUGUUUUUACAGAGGGACAUGUGGAACUGUAAAAUAAACAUGAAAAAUCUUUUUGUUCGUUAGUAAGAGAAAUCGCAAGCGCAGACCUGUGUUCAUUGCAAAAGAGGGAAGUUGAGGUCAGUUUGUCAGUGUGUGUGUGUGAAAUCAUAAACAAGCUGUGAUGCAGCCUGUGUGAGGGCCUCAGUUACAGCCCCCCCUCAGCAGCCAAUGAUAAGAGCACAGCUGAGCUGAACUUAACACUAACAAAAGAGGGAUUAUUCAGAAUGUCUGUAGAUGUAACCUGCACUCCGUCUGGAGUGGAAAUCAAUCAAAUACCUAAACUACACAUCAGAUCUCUUCCUAAAAAUUUAACUGGGCAUAAGUUUGAAAGCAAAAAUUAAUCUCAAGGUGUCUUGCUGUCAGAUGUUGCACAAGACAGUGAAAGAAUAAGUUUUUCUUUAAUCCUAAAAAUUUAACUGGUACGUACAGUAAUUAUUAUUACUUCUCUCUAAUAGUCUGUUUUGUUUUGUUUUCUUCUAGUCUGGCCAGACAAACCUAUAGUGUGCACAUCUUUUUAGAAACAUGAAGGAUUUUAUUACUGAAUUUGUUGCAAGUUAAAAUAGUUUAAACCCAUCAGACUGUAAAGUCAUGCAGCAGUUGUCAUUUAGCUGUUUGUCAUAAUUUAAAAAUCACUCUGGGAUUUUUUUUUUGAGCAGAAAGCGAUUCUUCAUUGCAAUAAGCAUGAACAUGAAUUUGAGCGUGUAUCAGCUGUAAGCGUGUUUCUUCAUUGCGUGCGUGGAAAUGUGUGUGUGUGUUUGCGGUACCGUCUUCUGCCUCACGUGAAAAGGAACCGUCACCUUCCUCCUUCCCCAGUCUGAUGUGAGUGCCAGUGGGUGAAGCCUUUCGAUAGGACAGUUGUUCCUCGAUGACAGACCUUUCCUGGAUCCUUGGAUGCAGCUCUUUUGGGCCGAUGACGUCUAAAGCCUCUCCUGUUGUUUCAACCAGUGUCUGUGUCAGAGCACGUCUUCUCACUCUGCUGUUGCUCUGUCCUUGUUUUCCUUUGCUGAUUGUCAUAAGCAGGUGUCUGUCAGACACACACGCUUGUAGUAGCUGGUUCAUCUGAUGAGCCCAGAACGUGAUGGCUGCAGACGUUGUGGGAGUCAGUGAGGCCUCCAUGCUGUGGUCUGUGUCCUCCAGCUGCUGUGGUGUCAGAGCUUCCACCCUAUUCUGGUUGUUGGUCAGGCGCUUCUUCUCCUUUGGUUCUUCUGCUGAUGGUGGGAAAGGAGUCCAGAUCCGAAUUUACCCUCAUCUGCAUUAGAAUAGAGAGCAGAAACAAUGGGAGCAUUUGCUCUUGGCAUGACGUGUGUGUGUGGUAUGUGUGUGUGUGGCAGAGUGCAAACAAUUCUUCCCCAGAGUUGUUAUCUCCUUUUUUUUCUGUUACUCUCAUCUCUCUUUUGUUUCUUUUAGGGCUUUAGUUUUGAUAUUUUUGCUUUUUCAAAUCUCAUCUUUUGUAUCUAACUUCUCUUUUAAAGGUGCAUAUGUCUUUUACACUAAGUGAUUCUCCUUUUGAACCCAUAACCAGUUUCCCACUCAUGAAAACAUGAAACGCACUAAUAACCAUAUUUACUUUUACUUUUGUAAUGCUGCAGUCUGGUGGUGGAGACUUAGAUCGCCCCGAACCCAUCUUUCAGAGUCCCGGCGGUUUUCUGCCUUAGACUUUUUUUGUGUUCCGGCCGGAACCUUUUUUCGAAAUUUCUCUUCCACGGACGUCUCCGUAGAAAGGGAACCGCUCAGAUCAGCGACAGGGUUCUCGGAAGUGCUCCCUCACUGUCAGGCCCCUCUAAGACCCGGGUCCCUCGUAUCUCAAAAACACUUCCCCCUGCAAACGCGCUCCAUAUUUUAGAAGCCGUCUUUUAUUUCUUGUCCACUCCCUUUGGACUGCGCUCAGAUCUUCACACUGGUCUGUAUCCUCAGUACAGACAAAACAAGCUCGGUUCCACGAGCCAACCCUUAGCAACCACCGUCUCGGCCACCAGGGCAGACUUUGACCUAAUUAAUUUUUCUACCCGAAUAUUAAAUUUAAAAUUUAAAAAAAAAAUUUGUUUGGUCCUAAUUUUUAUAUUUUAGAUGUUUUUAGCCACGUAGUUUUAGAAAUAUUAUUAUCUCUAGUCCUAGUUAUAUUUUCUUUUAUGUUUUAGUCUAGUAGGGGAUGCUUUAGAAUUAAUUGUUAUUUGCCUUACUUUCCCUAAACCAAAUGAUCAGAGCCAAGUAAACCCUGAUACCUGAAACCAAUUUCAAACCCGUUUUCUUUUUUUUUUUUUUUGUUUUCUUUGAUAAGUCGCAACAAAACGGAAUCCCUCUCACCGGGCCGAGUAGAGGUUGGAUUUUGAGUUUGUUGGAUCUCGUCAGAGGCGAUCCAGACGGGUGAGCAGUCCUCCCACUCAGAACAGCUGUAGAGGUUUGGAGGCUGAGCGACCCUAGUCCUCAGGACUAUCAUCCCUGGUCACACCGUCCAGACGACCUGCAGCGGGAUCCUGUUCGUAGACGCCAAUUUCUGUGGUGGAAAUUUUCCAUAAAGAAGCAGAUGAGAGAGAGUUGUCCUUUUGUGCGAUUUAUUGAAAUAAUAAAGAAAAUAAAAAUAAUGGGGAAAGCAAAUAAAAAGCAUGGAUAUUGAUCAUGCACAUCAACAAACCAAAAACCAGCUGGGGAGAUCAGUGCACACACCACGAAGGUGUGAUGCAAAGAGCCCACGAUCCUCAAGUUGCUUUUGCCUUUUAACCCCUUUCUCUGGCUCUGGUGGAAUGUCUCUCUGCAGCAAUAGAAUUGUUUACGCCACUUUAUUUCGCUGUGAGUGAGAAUGUUUGCUUUCUCACUUCUGCAUCGUCAUGUCUUGUUAUGCAAAGGAAGGAACACCGAGCUUCCAAGACAAGAUGCAUUUGCUUUAACAGCCUUGGGUCUGGUGGGGAGUCAGAUAGGAUGGAGCCAGAGUCCGGGUGUAAAAGACAAACAUAUCAUAAAUUAUUAGUCAGUCAAAUGGAACAUCAGAUGUUUAGACUUGAUGUACUUCAGGGCACAAGAGAUUAUUUGUUUGUGUAAGAAUGUUCAGUCCAGUAUUGCACCUAACCAGCAUAUGACGAGUGUGUUGGAUAAGAAACAGCACUAAGGUAAAAUUUUUCCAUUACAAAUGUCUAUACAGGAGGAUUCUGCUGGCAUGGGUUUUAUCCAUUUGUGGACAUGGUUCAGUCUAUUGGCAAGAAAAUAGUGGUGGAAGUCAGGUAGUUCUAGGCGGCCGCAGCGUCUGGACUUUUGAAGGGGUUUUAAACUAAUUCGUCUUGGCUUGGUUUUCCACAAAAACUGUGAAAUGUAGGAGUCUAAUGUUUAAACCACACCUGGGCUGGCUGAGUUGGAAUCAUUGAGAAUAUGUAAUUAAUUUUUGGCAGGAUCAUCAUUUUUAUGGUGGCAAUUCUUCCCAUAAGUGAAAUGGGUAAGGACUGCCAUCUUUUGAGGUUGGCUUCUAUUUGUUUUAAUAAUGGUUUGUAGUUUAGAUCAAUAAGCUCUGAUAGCCUAUCAAUUGGGCAUUGAAUUGACGACAAUUCAAUGCCCAAGUAUUUAAUGUUUCCUGAAUGGAGUGUGGUAGAAGAGAUGUUAGUCACCUUAAGGUUAAGUGGUAGCACUAUAGAUUUGGUCCAGUUGAUAGAGUAUUCUGAAAGUUCUGAGAAUUCAUCUAUGAGGCUUAUAGUUGUAGGAAGAGAUGUCUGUGGCUCCAGGAGAAACAGUAAUACAUCGUCGGUAUAUAAACUUAUUUUAUGAUUUACUGAUUUGGUCGAUAUUCCAUUAAUUCCUUCAUGCUGUCUUAUUGCUGCGGCUAGAGGUUCAAUAAAUAUUGCAAAUAGUGAUGGGGAAAGUGGGCAGCCCUGUCUUGUCCCUUUAUGCAAAUUAAACCUUGGUGAGAUCUGGUUGUUUGUUCUGACUGCGGUGUUUGCUGAGCUGUAUAAUAUUUGGAUCCAGUCUAUGAAUGAUUUCCCAAUGCCGAAUCUGUGCAGAGUGGAAAGAAACUACCAGUUUACUCUAUCGAAAGCUUUUUUUGCAUCUAAGGAGACGAUGGCUGACUCUAGUUUAUGGGUGGUGACAUAAUCAAUUAAGUUGAUUACUGUAAUCUGUUCAUAUUGUUUGUUGACUGUCUACCUUUAAUGAAGCCUGUUUGAUCAGAGCGAACAAUAUAUAUGGAGUGAUUUUUUUCUAAUCUUCUAGCAAGUGCUUUACACACUAUUUUUAGAUCUACAUUUAGUGAAACUGGUCUAUAACUUGAUGGGAGUGUAGGGUCUUUUCCUGGUUUUUGGAGCAGGCUUAUGAAGGCAGAAUUCAUAUUUUUGGGUAAUGAAUUCUGUUGUUUAAUUUUAACUACCAUUUUGUAAAAGCUGGGUGCCAGCAUUAACCAGAACUCCUUUAUUAAUCAUACGUUUUCCCUGGAGGAGUCCAUCUGCUGACCCUCCGACUCAUUCAAGCUCUCUAACAGCAUUCAAGCGGUUCUGAACGGUGAUAUAAACUCAUUUGGGAAUCCAUCUGGUCCUGAAGCUUUUUUAUUGGGCAUCUCCUUCAGAGCUUCAUGUAGUUCUGCCAAAGAUAACAAUGAGUCUAGAGUUGUGGAUUGUUCUUCCUUUAGCUUUGGCAGUUCUAGUUUCUUCAGAAACUCCUCUAUGGCUGAGGUGGAUGCAUCUAUUUGGGAUGUAUAUAACUCUUGGUAAAAGUAAAAGAUCACAAGUAAUAUUCCCUUUCUUAUUAGUUAUUGAAUUGAUGAUUUGUUUCUCUUUAUUUUUUAAUUGGUUAGCUAAAAAUGUACCACAUUUGUGGAUGGUCAAAGUUCUCCCAGCGUAAUUGAUCUAUCUGAAACUGAAUUUUGCAAUCAAUUAUAUUAUUUAACAUCAGCUUUAGAUUCCUCUAGGAUUCUAUCAUUGGUUGGUGAGGCAGCAUAUUUAAUCUCUAGAGAUUUUAUUUUUUGCUCUAAUUCUAAUUCAAGUAGCAUGUCCUUUUUUUCCUUGUGCGAUGAAUAUGCAAUUAUUCUACCACGCAUAACUGCCUUCCCAGUCUCCCAGUGAACACAGGGUGAGAUUCCCGGUGUAUCGUUGAUUUCUAUAAAGGUUACCCAUUCUCUCCUGACAUAACUGAUGAAGUCUUGAUCAUUGAGUAAUGAUGUAUUAAACCUCCAAUUCCUGGUUGAUGGUGUGACUGUCUUAAUCAACGAAGACCGAAGUCAGCCAUGUACUGUUUUAAGGUCUGUACUGAUUGCCAGUUCCUGUUGCUCACAGCUUUGCUUAGCCUGUCCAGCUCUGGGUUAAAUACUAAAUUAAAGUCCCCUCCUACUAUAAGUUUGGAACCAGAGUGAGCAGACAGUAAUGUGAAGAAGCUGUGAAAGAAAGAGGGGUCGUCAACAUUAGGACCAUACACAUUAGCUGUGCAAUAUUCAGUGUUUCCUAUCAAUAUAUUAAUGAUUAUAUAUCUCCCUUCUGGAUCUAUAAUGGUAUCGUUAUGAGUAGUUAAGUUAAUCUUUUUAUUUCUCAGGAUGCCGACCCCUCUUUGUUUAGAAUUGUAACCAGCUAAGUAAGCAUGUGGGAACUCUGUUGAUGCCAGAGUGUAAUCUAUAGUUUUGGGAAUAUGAGUUUCCUGUAGUAAAGAAAUGUCUGCUUGUAGGGUUUUCAUAUGAUUGAAUAUUUUAAAUCGUUUCUCCUUCUUAUUGAUUCCACAUACAUUCCAAGUGACCUUAAGUACCUGUGUAUUCUGAGUUGUGUGUUAUCUAUGUAUGUGCACGUGUUUCAUGUUUGUGUGGCUGCUGGAGGGCUACAUAGCUGGCUGACUACGUGGGAGAAGAAUAGAGAAAAGAAGGAUCUACACAGUGUGAAGUGAAAGUAGGUGAAGGAAAAAGAGUAAAGGGAAGUAAAAAUAAAGUGAAAUGAAAGUGAGUGAUUAAGCAUGAUGAGCGCUUUGCAUAGUGAGUGGGUGAGUGACAUUAGAAUGACAAAAAAACAUUUACAUGAAACAUCUGCGAGGGAACAAGUUUGAAUACUGGAUGUAAAGUUAUAACACUUAGUUGCAUUGCAUCUAUUAUUUUUCAACAAACCUUUUAUAUUAAACCAUUUUUGUUGCAUACCACCUGCUAGUACAGCCACGGAGUUGCUUCCCGGUCGCGGGAGCUCUCCGUUGACGUACAGUUUGUCAACGCUGAUGACAGCCCUGCAGCCUUCUGCCAUGAACUUUUUACUAUUGGGGAACAGUCGGCGGCGGCGAUCGAGGAUCUCCUUUAGGAACUGAUCGUUGACGCUGUAGUCGGUUCCCUUCAGCUGUCUGCCUCUGCUCUUAACCAAUUCCUUCUUCUUAAAGUCAUGAAACUUGGCAACAAUGGGUCGAGGCUGCUGGCCAUCCGGUCGUCUUCCUCCGAGUCUGUGGGAACGGUGAAACGCCAUCUUGUAGACAACUUCCACUGGAAGCUUUAUCUGUUGUUUGUCAGGACUCGGGCAGGCGGCGGACCCACAUGCACAGCACGGAGGCAGGAUAGUGGUUAAACAGAGGUUUAUUUCCCACGGCAGGGUCAGACGGUCCAGGUCAUACCCGAAAGGUUCACGGCAGAAAUACAGGCUGGGAUCAGGCAAAACUCACGGUCAGUUAGUUAGUCCAGGUUCGGUAACAGAUGGUGGUUACAGAGGAUCAGGCAUAGGUGCACGAAACAAAGAACACGAACGAAACUCGAGGAGCACGAAACACGGGAAGCACGGAACUCUGAAGAAACACGCGACACUGAUGAAACACGAAUACAACAAUCUGGCAGCGAACUAAGGACACAGGUGGUGGUUAAAUACAGUGAUUUGAUUAACUGAUUACCGACAGGUGUGGGUAAUGAACUAGGGAGAACAGAACUGAUAACAGGAAGUAAAGCAAGAACGGAAACAGAAACUGGGAGUGCUACCAAAAUAAAACCGGAAAUGGAACCUGGAACCAAAAUAAGACAAGGAAACAACAGGAAACAAAACCCAGAUCGUGACAGUACCCCCCCCCCCUAUGGCGCCUUCCACGGCGCCCACGGAAGCCCCCCCCCCGAACCAGGGCGGGCGGAGGGAGGUCCCAGGCGGAGGGACCGAAUCCCUACCCCUCAAGGCACACGAGCAGGGUGGGUGGAGGGAGGACCGGGGGAGGGCCAAAACACGAGUCCACACGACAAAACCAAGGUCCAUGAACGGGGAAAAAACACGAAGUUCAGGGAUUCCUUCACGGAGGGUGAAGGCGCGGCGAGAUCCUUCUCAGCCGCCGCUGAGCCAGAGUGGCACUCCUAGUGCCCUUGAGCUGGGCCGAUGUCCCCGGGGACCACCCCGCAUGGCAGCGUCCUCCAGGUGGACGCUGAUCCCAGAGACUGAGGAGUCGAGGCGGGCGUCGCCGCAGGAGGCAGCGCCACCCACGCAGCAGGAUGCGCCGAGGGUGAGGCCACCAGUCCGGCAGCCGAACCAAGGACGAGGCAGGAACCAGCGGCGUCCUCCUUGGACCACCGCGACGAGAGACAGGAACCAGCGGCGUCCUCCUUGGACCACCGCGACGAGAGACAGGAACCAGCGGCGUCCUCCUUGGACCACCGCGACGAGAGACAGGAACCAGCGGCGUCCUCCUUGGACCACCGCGACGAGAGACGGGAACCAGCGGCGUCCUCCUUGGACCACCGCGACGAGAGACAGGAACCAGCGGCGUCCUCCUUGGACCACCGCGACGAGAGACAGGAACCAGCGGCGUCCUCCUUGGACCACCGCGACGAGAGACAGGAACCAGCGGCGUCCUCCUUGGACCACCGCGACGAGAGACGAGAGACAUAGGUGCGGCCGGAGCCGCGACGGGAACGACCCCCUCCUGGAGGUCGGCAGGAACUAUGACGGGAACGACCCCCUCCUGGAGGUCGGCAGGAACUAUGACGGGAGCGACCCCCUCCUGGAGGUCGGCAGGAACUAUGACGGGAGCGACCCCCUCCUGGAGGUCGGCAGGAACUAUGACGGGCGCGACCCCCUCCUGGAGGUCCGCCGGGACUGCGGCGGGCGCGACCCCCUCCUGGAGGUCCGCCGGGACUGCGGCGGGCGCGACCCCCUCCUGGAGGUCCGCCGGGACUGCGGCGGGCGCGACCCCCUCCUGGAGGUCCGCCGGAACUGCGGCGGGCGCGACCCCCUCCUGGAGGUCCGCCGGGACUGCGACGGGCGCGACCCCCUCCUGGGGGUGCGCAGGGACUGCGACGGGCGCGACCCCCUCCUGGGGGUGCGCAGGAACUGCGACGGGCGCGACCUCCUCCUGGAGGUGCGCAGGAACUGCGACUGGCGCGACCUCCUCCUGGAGGUGCGCAGGAACUGCAACUGGCGCGACCUCCUCCUGGAGGUGCGCAGGAACUGCGGCAGGCGCGACCUCCUCCUGGAGGUGCGCAGGAACUGCGGCAGGCGCGACCUCCUCCUGGAGGUGCGCAGGAACUGCGGCGGGCGCGACCCCCUCCUGGAGGUCCGCCGGGACUGCGGCGGGCGCGACCCCCUCCUGGAGGUGCGCAGGAACUGCAGCAGGCGCUGCCUCCUCCUGGAGGCUGGCGGGCGCUGCGGCUCCGAGGGUGACAGGGACUGGAACGACCGCUACAGGGCCGACGGGAACGGGGACUGGAACGACCGCUACAGGGCCGACGGGAACGGGGACUGGAACGACCGCUACAGGGCCGACGGGAACGGGACCAGAGACAGGGGCGACCUCUACUUGGUCGACAGGGGCGCCCUCUACUUGGUCGACAGGGGCGCCCUCUACUUGGCCUACGGGAACGCCCUCAACUUGGCCUACGGGAACGCCCUCAACUUGGCCUACGGGAACGCCCUCAACUUGGCCUACGGGAACGCCCUCAACUUGGCCUACGGGAACGCCCUCAACUUGGCCUACGGGAACGCCCUCAACUUGGCCGACAGGGACAGGAACUGGAACGACCUCAACUUGGCCGACAGGGACAGGAACUGGAACGACCUCAACUUGGCCGACAGGGACAGGAACUGGAACGACCUCAACUUGGCCGACAGGGACAGGAACUGGAACGACCUCAACAUGGCCGACAGGGACAGGAACUGGAACGACCUCAACAUGGCCGACAGGGACAGGGACAGGAACUGGAACGACCUCAACAUGGCCGACAGGGACAGGAACUGGAACGACCUCAACAUGGCCGACAGGGACAGGGACUGGAACGACCUCAACUUGGCCGACAGGGACAGGAACUGGAACGACCUCAACUUGGCCGACAGGGACAGGAACUGGAACGACCUCAACUUGGCCGACAGGGACAGGAACGGCAUCUACUUGGCCGACAGGAACAGGAACGGCAUCUACUUGGCCGACAGGAACAGGAACGGCAUCUACUUGGCCGCCAGGAACGGCCGCAACAUGGCCGACAGGAACAAGAACGACCCCUAACGGAUCGACAGGAACUGGAACGGCGUCCCCUCCGGAGCUGGCAUGACCGCUUACAGCUGCCGAGCUCGACGGGGGAGACGUCGGGCCUGAUUGGGUGGAACUAACAGUUGUCAGACGGACGGUGCCCUCUGACUGAGACAAGGACUGAGCGUGACUGGACCGGACUGGGGCGUGACUCGACUGGACUGGAACAUGGGCUAGACUCGGCUGGACCAGAGCGUGACUCAACUGAACUGGGACCUGGACUGGGCUCGACUGGACUGGGCUCGACUGGACUGGGCUCGACUGGACUGGGCUCGACUGGACUGGACUGAAACCUGGACUGGGCUCGACUGGGCUCGACUGGACUGAAACCUGGACUGGGCUCGACUGGACUGGGCUCGACUGGACUGAGACCUGGACUGGGCUCGACUGGACUGGGCUCGACUGGACUGAGACCUGGGCUGGGCUCGACUGGGCUGAGACCUGGGCUGGGCUCGACUGGGCUGAGACCUGGGCUGGGCUCGACUGGGCUGAGACCUGGGCUGGGCUCGACUGGGCUGAGACCGGGACUGGGCUCGACUGAACUGGAACCGGGACUGGGCUCGACUGAACGGGGGACUUAACAGGGCUCGGCUGGACUGGAGGCUGAACAGGGCUCGGCUGGACUGGAGACUGAACAGGGCUCGGCUGGACUGGGGACUGGGCAACACACGGCUGAACUGGGGACUGGGCAACACACGGCUGAACUGGGGACUGGGCAACACACGGCUGAACUGGGGACUGGGCAACACACGGCUGAACUGGGGACUGGGCAACACACGGCUGAACUGGGGACUGGGCAACACACGGCUGAACUGGGGACUGGGCAACACACGGCUGAACUGGGGACUGGGCAACACACGGCUGAACUGGGGACUGGGCAACACACGGCUGAGCUGGAGACUGGGCAAAACACGACUGAGCUGGGGACUGGGCAAAACACGACUGAGCUGGAGACUGGGCAAAACACGACUGAGCUGGAGACUGGGCAAAACACGACUGAACUGGAGACUGAGAACCGCGUGAGUGCAGGAAAUCCUCCCAGCGGAACAACCAUGGAGCUGGGCAGGUUGGUGCAGACACGACGGUCCGACGGGGCUGGGAGGAGGAAACCGAAACCAUCGGCGGUGCGACCGGCGCUGGCGUGGUGCGGAGCGCGUCGCUUAACUCCUCGUACCUCGCGCACAGCCGCUCAUAGAGGCGACGAACGCUGGGGCGCUCUAACGCGCUGUCAUCGUCCUCCAGCGUCAAUAUCGCCACCUCAACGGCGCUACGCUGGUUCUCCGGGUUAAUCGCCCGUCGGUAAUCCUCCGCGAGGAUCUUGAAAUAAUCACGUAGGUCGCUGGGUAGCUCGGCGCAGGUGAAUUCCAUGCUCCCUCGGGAGAAGAAUAUUCCCCGUACGAAAACAAGGGGAAAAAAGCAGUCACUGACCUGACCGGAGGCUAAGUGCUGGCUGGGUCCAAGUUUGGCCAGAUUGUUCUGUCAGGACUCGGGCAGGCGGCGGACCCACAUGCACAGCACGGAGGCAGGAUAGUGGUUAAACAGAGGUUUAUUUCCCACGGCAGGGUCAGACGGUCCAGGUCAUACCCGAAAGGUUCACGGCAGAAAUACAGGCUGGGAUCAGGCAAAACUCACGGUCAGUUAGUUAGUCCAGGUUCGGUAACAGAUGGUGGUUACAGAGGAUCAGGCAUAGGUGCACGAAACAAAGAACACGAACGAAACUCGAGGAGCACGAAACACGGGAAGCACGGAACUCUGAAGAAACACGCGACACUGAUGAAACACGAAUACAACAAUCUGGCAGCGAACUAAGGACACAGGUGGUGGUUAAAUACAGUGAUUUGAUUAACUGAUUACCGACAGGUGUGGGUAAUGAACUAGGGAGAACAGAACUGAUAACAGGAAGUAAAGCAAGAACGGAAACAGAAACUGGGAGUGCUACCAAAAUAAAACCGGAAAUGGAACCUGGAACCAAAAUAAGACAAGGAAACAACAGGAAACAAAACCCAGAUCGUGACAUUGUUUAGGAAGUUUUUAAUGGCGGUUUCCGCGUUUUCCUCCGGCUGUUCUGGAAUCCCCGAGCACACCAGGUUGUCCCUCAUGCUGCGGGCCUGCAGAUCAAUGAUGCCUUCUUUUAUUUUUUUAUUUUCGGCCGCUAGCUGAGCCACAUCCUCCGUCAGGGACUUCACCGUUCCCUUCAGCGCCUCGUUCUCGGUGGCGAGAGAAACCAUCUGCUGCUGGCUAAAUUCCAGGGAGUUGCGGAGGGCCAUAAACUUUUUGUGGGGGAGUUCCACUAGCGCCAGACGCGCGUCAAAGCUUGAUAUUUUUCUUCUCUAUGGACUCCAGGAUGUCCGUGAUGUUUUUGUCCGCCGAGCUAGCUUUAGGUGACUCAGGUGAGUCAGACGGACGGGAUCUUUUGUCUGGAGCCGUGUUCUUUUUCCCCAUUACCAGACGUUCGAAGCACUCGUUGAUGUACUCGAAACUUUCUUUAACUGGUGUUAUCCAGAAUGGUAAGAUGGUUGAUUGUUUUCCCUAGAAUUAGGUAGUUAUUUAUUUAUUUAAAUUGGCGGAGAGUUUGUCGCGCUGUUGUUUGCUACCAGUGUUGCGCAGCCUUGUUGAAUUUCUCAUGCUGUUCUUGCAGAGUCUCGCGUUCUCUCACAGCAUCGCGCUUCCCCCUGUAAGACCCUCCACCCAUUUGGCUGGGUGUAGUGGCUGAGCUCCUCCCAUCUGUAACGAGCUGUCGGGAACAGCGAGGAGAAGGACCCAAACACACAGUACACAGUUCUCAGUUUGGUGUGAUUUAGUGCAAUCCUUGGUCAAACAGGCAUAGGUUGGUACACAGAUUAGCAAAAUGUAGGCAACGGCAUAGACAAGAAACAUGCAAAGGCAGGAAGACUCCAGGCGAGUUUCAAAACACAGGUAAACAUCCAAGUAACAGAACCAAGGGGUACAGGCAAGACAAGGUCAAAACAGGAGCUAGGGUCAGUGCACAGAUGAAGCUUACUGGUCAUGAACGCUGGAGCGUUGACACAAGUGUGAUUUAACAAUCUGGCAAUGAGUGUGGUGAGUGCAGGGAUUUAAAUACAUGACUUGAUUACUGAUUAGAUGCAGGUGGUGAAUCACAUGACAGAAAGUAAAGCAGGGAUUGACUGGAACUGUCAAAGUAAAACUGGAAAUGAACAUGAACACUGGACAUGACACUGAAACCAUGACACCAUCAGCCUAUCUUUCACAAGUGGUAGUGUUCAUGCAUCAACGUCUGUCUCACCCUUUGGGUGAACAAUGUUAAGCUACAGCUUUAUUAACUAUGUAGUGGGACACUCUACACCUGAGCUGAUAAACAGGCUUUUUAAACUUAGCUGUAAGUAUUACUGGUACUUAUCACUAUCAAUAUCAAUAAUGUGUGAUAAUGGUAGUUGUGAUGUUGUAUGUCAUGGCUAUUAUUAAGUAUUAUUAGAUUAUGUAUAAUAAUGCAUAUGUGUAUGUUUAUGAUAUAUGUAUAUGUAUGUUUGUGUAUGCACAUACCUUAACACUAUUAUUAGCAUUAAUAUUAAUUUCACAGGUAAACCAAAGUACAGCAGUUGUUUAGUUAUGAAUGUGUCUGCCUAAUGUACAUCUAUUGAAUUCCAUUCACUUUAAUUCAAAUUUAUUUCUAUAGCGCCAAAUCACAACAAAGUUAUCUCAAGACACUUAACAAAGUAAGGUUUAAGACCUCACAUAACUAAACCCAACAAAUCUACAGGCAGGCUGGUUGGAUCCGCAGCUGCCCAUCACAGACACCAAACUUUGAGUCCAAUGAUACAGUACCUGUAGGUGAGGACAGAGUGGGGGAGAGAGAGCAGGGGAGAAGCACAACUACUGGAGAGAAAAAGACAAGGUUAGUUUAACAUAAAACAAUAAUGGGAGGUUAUUGGACAGAAGAGGUAGAAGGAAACAAAGGAGCUCAGUGUAUAAAUUAAGUCCCCCAGCAGUCUAUGUGUAUUGCAGCUUAACCAAGUGAUGGUUCCUGUGACUAACAAUCAUCGUCAGUGACCUGAACCAUCUCGGACUAUAAGCUUUAUCAAAAAGGAACAAAAAGGAAGGUUUGAAGCCUAAUCUUAAAGGUGGAGAGUGUGUCAGCUUCUCGAACCUGAAGAGGGAGCUGGUUCCAGAGGAGAGGAGCUUGGUAGCUAAAAGCUCUGCCUCCCGUUUUACAUUUAAAGACUCUAAGAACCACUAGCAGCCCAGCGCUCUGAGAACAAAGCGCUGGGAGCAUACAGUAAAGAACUAUGAGGUCUUUAAGAUAAGAAGGAGCUUUAUCAUUGAGUACUUUGUACUGUAGGUGAGUAGGAGAAUUUUAAAUUCUAUCCUACAUUUUACAGGCAGCCAGUGCAGAGAAGCUAAUGUACAUGUAGGAGAAAUGGGAUCUCUCUUUCUAAGUCCUGUCAGAACUCUGGCUGCAGCACUUUGAAUAAGCUGUAGGCUUUUUAAGGAGCUGUUAGGACAUCCUAUGAGUAAGCAGUUACAGUAGUCCAGCCUAGAGGUAACAAAUGCAUGGAUCAGUUUCUCUGCAUCACUCUGAGAGAGGAUGCUUCUGAUUUUAGCUAUAUUUCUAAGAUGAAAGUAGGCACUUCUGGAGAUUUGUUUAAUAUAUGACUUAAGAGAAAUUCUGGUCAAAUAUGACACCAAGGUUCCUCACAGUAGAAUCUGAAGCUAAUGUUACGCCAUCCAGGGUGGCUAUCUGACUCAAUAGUGUCUCUCUCUGAUUUUUAGUCCUAAUAGUAAGAAUUUCAGUAUUAUCUGAAUCUCUAUUUAUUUACUUUGUGCCUAUUGUUUCUUUAACUGAUUUGUUGGUUUCAGCAGCUUUUUCACCAGGGUCCAGAGUAGUUUUUUUUAAAUAAAGGUUUGACCACAGCCACCUUAAAAGCCUGUGGUACAUAGCCUAUACUGUAUGUAAAAAUUUGUUGAUUCGAUUUAAAAUGGACGAGCUGAUUAAAGGUAGAACUUCUUUGAGUAAUUUGGGGAGGGAUUGGUUGUAAAAAACAAUUAAUUAUUGAAGGUAACUCCAUAUGAGUUAUGGGGGAAAGGUCAGAGGUAAAUUUAUAAGAGCUGUUGGAUCUAGUGAUUUCUGUCAUUUGGAGGAAGUCGCUGCGAAAUGUCUUCUCUAAUGGUGAUGAUUUAAUUAGUAAAGUAAUUCAUAAAGUCAUUGCUGCUGAGAUUUAAGGGGACAGUAGGCUCAGCACAGCUAUGACUCUUAGUCAGCCUGGCUACAGUGUUGUUGUGGAAAUCUUCUUAUAAAGAAAUCAACCGUAGAUCUUCAGUGUGAUAAACCAUCUCAAAGUUUACUCUUGUGUCGAGACAAAGUGGGUCACAAUUAUAGUACAUCUAAGGCGCAAGGCACAUCUUACUAUGUACAAAGUAUCCACUACAGGACUGAGGACACGAGACCUGUAUUUUUACCCUGUUACAAACCCCCAAAUGAGCUGUUGACUAUUCUUUGAUAUACAUGAGUGCAGUAAACCCCUCUUUAUGUCAUUUAACAAAGUUCCUUGGGUCACCAGAGUGAAACCCCUACCAUUUGAUAACCAAAUGCUUGACGACCCCCCCCCAGAAACAACCCUCACACAGUGUCAGGAACACACGGCUGAGGACCCAAAUGCACAGCGCACUCAAGAGCUUGAUGAUCGUUAACAAACAAUGUUUAUUACUCCAAUCGUAGUCAGGCGGUCCAGGUCAUACACGCUAAGGCUCAGUACAAAGGCACAAAAGAGGCAGGCAAGAUCAGGUCCAGGAAACAGGCAGGAGUUCAGUACACGGUUAAACACGGCAGAGGUACAGACGAGGGCUAGACAAGACUCGAUGGUCAGACGAUCAGUAACGUUACCACAAUAUCCACAGUGAAGGUACAGACGAGGAAUCGGGGGUCAAAGACAGGCGCGAUCAGCAAACAGGACACUCGAUACGAACGCUGGAAUGCGGUACAAGAACUCGACAAUCUGGCGAGGUACUGGGGUGAGAGGUGAAGUUUAAAUACACGGUGAUCUGAUUGCUAAUGAGGUGCAGGUGUGGAUAAUGACCGGGUGAAGCAGGGAACAGCUGUGACAAGACGUAAAACGGAAGUAAAGCUAGAAUAGAAACAGAAACCGGGAGUGCUACCAAAAUAAAACAGGAAAUGAAAACUGGAACCAAAACAUGACAUGGCUGACAAACAAAGUCCUUACAAAAUAAAAGCAGAACUAGAACCGGAUCGUGACACAGCAUCUCAUAAUAACACAAAAUUUCCCACAAGUGCUGAAAAGAAGCCUGUUUGUUUUCCUCAAUUAAGGAGGAAUAAAAUGUUUUUCUAGCAGCAGGAAGUGCUUUUUUAUAUAUUAUUCAACUAUCCUUCCAUGCAAUGCAGUUUACGUUCUUAAAACACCAUUGCCUUUCUAGUUGUCGUGUCCUCUGCUUUAGGCUGCAGAUCUCUGAGUUAUACCAUGGACCUAAGCUCCUCUAAUUUGCAGACUUCUUCAGUGGAGCCAGUGUGUCUAACAUUGUACGUAGAGAAGCUGCAGCAUCAUCUACAAGAAAUUCAACCUGUUCAUAAGGAUUAAGGAGACUAUUCUCCGAUGUUUAGCUACGAUGACGAUGAGGCAAAAGAUGAUGGAAUCAUCUGCUUGAAUCUGGCAAGAGCGUCCUCAGAAAAAACAUCUGUUAUAGUAAGAUUUCUUUCCAGCUGCUGCAAGGUCAAUUAUGGUAAAUUCAAAAGUUAUUAAGAAAUAGCAAGGUAACAGAGGGUUUUGGGGAAGGACUAUUAAAUUACCAAUUUCAACCCCAUAUGUCAGGACAAGAUCGAAUGUAUAGAUAAAACAAUGAGUGGAUUCAUUUAUAUGCUGAGAGAAACCAAUAGUGUCUAUAAAUGAGUUAAAAGCAGUGCUGAGUCAGUUGCUGUCAACAUCUACAUGAAUGGUAACAUUUCCCAGUACAAUAACUUUAUUUGUGGUAAGAACUGAGGCCGAUAAGAAUACAGAAUUUACUUAAGAACUCUGAAAAUGGAGCAGGAGGAUGGUAAACAAUACAAAACACAAUUGGCUUCUGAUUUUUUGGUUGGGUAAGAAAGGCUCAGAAUGAGGCUCUCAAAUGAGUUCGAACUAUGUUGAGGUUUAGGAGUAAUUAGUAAAUCUGUUUUAGCUUUGGUGACAAAUAAGAAACCAUCUGUUCCUAACUAUUAGAAACCAGUAAGACCAGUAUGAACCCCAUAGCACCUGUUUGACACUCGUCCACAAAAAUCAAUUUGCUCUCAAUAGUGGCUGUGUCUUAUCCUUGAAUAGGUUUGACUGUAUUUUAGUUUACAUGUAUUUUCAGUAAUAUUUACAAUAUUUUAGUUUUCAGCUACAGUUUGGAAAAUGAAUGUCAUAUUUUGCUGUCCACUGUGUUAUGACUUAUUGGUUAUGUUCAUAUACAAUUCAUAUUGUUUGAAGGCGAAAUGAGUUUUUUUCUUUUGCAACAAAGCGUGUGUUUUUGGCAUUAGAGCAGCUGUUUAGACCUAUAUGCGAACUGUUAAGAGAAUGUGUUUCAUUGAACUGCUGCGUCAAAGCAACCAAUAAAAACUGUAAUUCCACAAAGAUGAAUAAUGGGUAUUUUAACCUUGCUCCACUACUUCCCCUCUGUCU